CACAUGUAGUAUAAAGGUCCUCGUGUGUUUGUGAGCGCCUCGGGAAGAUGAGUCGCACAAGGGCUCCUUGGCACCUACCCCCAGAAACUCGAUCACCUCUUGUCACUUGCCCAUAAUGAAGCUACUUCAAGAGCUCGUUCUCGGGCUGUCUCUUGUAUGCGAGGCAGCAUGUCGCAGCCAUGGCUCGACUUGCGAGGGAUCUCAACCCCUGACAGUGAAGACCAAAACGGGACUUGUGACGGGGUUCGUCAACGAGACGGCUCCUGAUGUUCGCCAAUGGCUGGGUAUUCCCUACGCCGAGCCGCCGCUGGGUAGUCUGCGCUUCCUCCCGCCAAAGCCCAAGAAGCACUUUGGACACAUCAAAGCGCUAGCCUACGAGCCUUCGUGUAUGCAGCAGCUGAGCAACAGCCAGAGUGUGUACACCGAGUACAUGCCCCAGUUCCUCAUCAACGGUGGUCAGUCCGAGGAUUGCCUCUAUGUCAAUGUCUACGCGCCUCUGAAACCUGUUGCCAAGGACCUUCCCGUGUUCGUCUACAUCCCAGGCGGUGGCUUCACUGGCGGCGGUGCAGACUCGCUCUACAAGAUCCCCGACAAAUGGAUUCAACGGUCGCAAACUCAUGUUGUGGUCAUCAUGAACUACCGCGUCAACAUCUUUGGCUUCCCCAACGCGGCGGCCCAGCCAUUGAACGCGGGACUGCUCGAUCAGCGGCUUGUUGUGGAAUGGGUCCGUGACAACGUUGCUGUUUUCGGCGGCUCGCCACACAAGAUCACUCUUUGGGGCCAGUCGGCUGGAGCAUCGUCCGUCGGAAUAUAUGGCUAUGCUUAUCCAAAAGACCCCAUCGUCACAGGUCUCAUCGCGGAUUCGGGAGCAGCGGGUGUGGCAGCGGGAGGAAGCGCCACUGCCUUCUCGACCUUUGCGGGCUUCGUCGGCUGCGGGAAUCUGGGCCCCGAGGAGGAGCUGGCUUGCGUUCAGCGUGUUGACGCUAAAGAGAUCCAGCAGAAGCUAUCAUUUGGGAACACGGGAGCGAGCUUCUCCCCAGCCGCCGACGGCGUGACGGCAUUCUCGAAUUACACUGAACGAAUCGCAGAGGGUCUCAUUGCAGAUUUGCCCAUGAUCACAGGCAGCAACGCUAAUGAAGGUGCUGGAUUCGGCACCUUCGACCCGAAUGGCAUGUCACCCGGACAAUACCAGACCGGCCUCAAUGCCAUCACGUGUCCCGUCGCUCGCGAAGUCAGUAAUCGUGAAAAGUACGGACAAGUUACUUACAGAUACCUCUAUGGCGGUAACUUCUCCAACAUCUCACCACGCCCUUGGAUCGGUGCAACGCAUAGCGCUGAGCUGCCAAUCCUAUUCGGCACGCACUACGAGUACCGCGGAAACUCCACCGAGUUUGAGUGGGAGGUGGCCGAUUUGAUGCAAGCACUUUGGCUCUCGUUUGCCAGGAACCCGUCCAAGAGGCCUACGGAUGGUAGCUUUGAAUGGCCCAGGUACGACUCCAAGACCGAUACGCUUGUCGAGUUUGCCAUCGACGACGUCGCGGCUCACUUGGCGUCACAUGAAGUCGUAGACAGCGAGUGUAGUAUAUAGUCCAGCAACUGUGGCAGACACGCUCAAUAACAAUAGUUGAAUCCUAUUCAGCUGGCUUUCAGCA